UCUUGAACAUAUGUUGCAUUUCGUAUGGUAUAUAUUAAUUUGUGGAUAUCCAUCGUCUAUUAAGUAUGAUAUGUUACGAAUUUGCAAAACGUACAAUGUUACGAAAUCGCGAAAAUUGCCCGAUUUCCAAUUUAUUGUGACUGAGGUUAGCUAACUGGGGGGAGGGUUCGCAUAAAUUGUUAAGGGAAGGAUUAUCUAACAUGCUAUGGGGUUUAAAAGUAGUAAAUAGUUGCAACUGAUGAGAUUCGAACACAACUUUUGGGUUGUUAGACUUUCGCUUUAUACACCCGACCAAAUACCCGCCUUUCGUUUUUGCCUUAAGUAACCGGAUUUAUUUAACCAUACCAAACGUAACACAUAUUAAUUUGAGUGUCCAGGAUUUAUGUUUAUGUUACGUCUAGUUUAUGUAACACCAAAGACAAAACUGAUGUUGCGGAAGCGGUAAUUUUGCUCUUGUCAUUGGAAAGGGCUUCCCUGAGUAUUAGUCAUCAGCGAUGUAGGCCCUAUAAAUUCAAAAGACGAACAUGUUAACAUCAGUUGCUAGCUGACGAGAGAAAAAUGCAUCCGCUGACAAAUUGUUUUCUGCCUCUCCUGGUAUUUGCGCUCUGUGGUGGCAGCGUGCCGGUGUCAGGCGCUCACACACCGACUUAUAUCUGGAGAGAUGACGCGACAGGGGAUUCCCUUACGUGCGACCUAUGCGCUCCUGGAACAUACUUACUGAAGCAUUGCACAAAGGACCGCAAGAGCGACUGCGGACCUUGUCCAAAGUCCCACUACACAGAGAUCUGGAACUACAUCGAGCGGUGUCAAUACUGCAAUCGUUUUUGCACGGCUGAUGAGAUUGAAAGCGUACCGUGCACCCAACUGCACAACCGACAGUGCGAGUGCAAGGACGGGUUCUACAUGACACAUGGGUCAUGUUCAAGGCACAGAAGCUGUCCACCCGGGGAAGGGGUCAUCUCUAAUGGAACCGCACACACUGAUGUGAAGUGUGAACCUUGCCCAAUGGGCUUCUUCUCUGCAGUGUCCUCCAGUAGGAAAACCUGUCAGAAGUUUUCUGUGUGUGCCCCAGGUCGCACCACUAUACCUGGCAAUGACAUGAAUGAUGUUUACUGCUCAGCAUGUACGAAUGGUUCAGGAACACAUGAAGGUGAAGCUAUCUGUGAUGGGGAGUUGAUGGAAUUCCUGGCACUGCAGAUCCUCACACCAAGAAAGGACAAAAGACUGGUGGCUGUGCUCAGGAGGAGUGCUGGGAAAGCCACAACCAAUAAUGCAACUGUACUAGACCUCCUCAAAACUAUUAAAAACAAAGCUGGCAAACAUUUUGCUAUUCAAAUGCGUGAUAUCCUGAACACAGACAGGCUGCACCAUUUAAGAACUAAAGUCAACAAAUGGUUUCCUCAUAUGAAUUUAUAGGGCUAAUAGAAAUCACCACAUAUUGUAAACAGUUUAUUUUCUUCAAGUUUUUGUUUUGUAUCCAUUACCUUAUUUUAUUCUUAUUUAUUGCUGUUUAUACACCUUGUGGGUGUGGGCAAUGUUUUUUUUUUAAAUAGGAGAAGACUAGUGUUUUGUCGUUGAAUUCCUCAUUGUGCAGUAUAUCAGAAUAUAUCACUAUGUUGCCAAAAAAGUUCAAGACAUUGUUUCCUUUCAAUAAAAUGCAUUCAAAACGA